GAAGGAUUUGAGUCUGCAGCCAGAGAGAAAGGGAUUAGGGCGAGAGCGCUGGAAGUUAAAUUGUGCUGCAUAUAAAAAAUGGGCGGAUUGGUCUCUAGAUGAGAGCUUGGUACCACCUUCCUUUCUAAAAUAAAAUCUCUCUGGCAUGAAGUCACAGCCUAUUUCACAUCCGGUUUACCCUGGGACGUAUUACUACUGUCUUGGUAAAGAGAAAGCUUUUGUUAUAUAGCGGCGGUCGGAAUACCGGGAGGAGAAAUUCGGGUGCUGAGCCCGGAGGAGCGGAGCGGCGGCGGCGGCGAUGGUCGAGGCGGAGUGAGCGGCGGAGCCGGAGCCGCGCAGCCUCCGCGCCGGCGGGCGGGCACCGGCAGGGCAGCGCCGGGCAGCGGCGCCGCGGACCCGCGCCCGGGGCUCCGUUCCAGAGUCCACCAUGAAGAGAUUCCUGGUGCUUUGUGACUGCUUCUGGGCCUGGGGCCUCCUCCUGAAUGCACUGACUGAAAGAAGCUAUGGACAAACCUCAUCACAGGAUGAACUCAAAGACAACACCACCGUGUUCACCAGAAUAUUGGAUCGUCUUCUGGAUGGUUAUGACAAUCGUUUGAGACCAGGACUGGGAGAGCGUGUAACUGAAGUGAAGACUGACAUCUUCGUCACCAGUUUUGGGCCUGUUUCAGACCAUGACAUGGAAUACACUAUAGAUGUAUUUUUCCGACAAAGCUGGAAAGAUGAGAGAUUAAAAUUCAAAGGACCUAUGACCGUUCUCCGGUUAAAUAAUUUAAUGGCCAGCAAAAUUUGGACGCCUGAUACCUUUUUCCACAAUGGAAAGAAGUCAGUGGCUCAUAACAUGACAAUGCCAAAUAAACUAUUACGAAUUACAGAGGAUGGGACGUUGCUAUACACAAUGAGAUUGACUGUGAGAGCAGAAUGUCCAAUGCAUUUAGAAGACUUUCCUAUGGAUGCACAUGCUUGCCCCUUGAAAUUUGGAAGCUAUGCUUACACCAGAGCAGAGGUUGUGUAUGAGUGGACACGGGAACCAGCAAGGUCAGUGGUUGUGGCUGAAGAUGGCUCCCGACUGAACCAGUACGAUCUGCUCGGACAAACUGUGGACUCUGGAAUUGUGCAGUCCAGCACAGGGGAAUAUGUUGUUAUGACUACACAUUUCCAUUUGAAGAGGAAGAUCGGUUACUUUGUCAUCCAGACUUACCUGCCAUGCAUCAUGACAGUGAUACUGUCACAGGUGUCCUUCUGGCUUAACAGAGAGUCUGUUCCAGCAAGAACUGUGUUUGGAGUGACAACGGUGCUGACCAUGACUACCCUGAGCAUCAGCGCGAGGAACUCUCUGCCCAAGGUGGCCUACGCCACGGCCAUGGACUGGUUCAUCGCCGUGUGCUACGCCUUCGUCUUCUCCGCGCUCAUCGAGUUCGCCACGGUCAACUACUUCACCAAGAGAGGGUACGCCUGGGAUGGCAAGAGCGUCGUUCCUGAAAAGCCAAAGAAAGUGAAGGAUCCUCUCAUCAAGAAAAACAACACAUACACAGCUGCAGCUACGAGCUACACUCCCAAUAUUGCAAGGGACCCUGGGCUGGCAACCAUUGCUAAAAGUGCAACAAUUGAGCCCAAAGAAGUCAAGCCAGAAACAAAACCUGCAGAACCCAAGAAAACUUUUAACAGCGUCAGUAAAAUUGAUCGGCUAUCAAGGAUAGCCUUCCCACUGCUUUUUGGAAUCUUUAACUUAGUCUAUUGGGCUACCUACCUAAACAGGGAGCCCCAGCUAAAAGUUCAAACUCCACAUCAAUAACCUCAUUUAUUCGUUUAGUUCUGUUUCAUUUUUUUGCUCUGGGAAUUGCUUCCCUUUUUCCAUACAGUAAUUCCCAUUUGCUUCAUUGCCUCUGUCUUAAAGAAAAUAAAGGUUUCUUUAGUUAGCAAAAGGUAAAAUAUAUCUGUAUAUUUAAAAAAAAGCUGUGUGUGAGCGAGAGAACACUAUAAACUAUAUACUUUGGAAAAGUGAUUUUGGAAAUAGAAAAGAGUUGUAGAGUAAUGGGAGGGUGGGGGAAAAAACAAAACAAAACAAAACAAAACAAAACAAAAAACCCCAAACAUUUGUAGCAAGCUUAGCACUGAAUAUCCCCAAAAGUUAGUGUAUAUGUACAUGAAAAAGAUAUUUUUAUUCAGAAGAUUGUUAGGGAGGGGGGAAAUAUUCUUUAUGACAUUCCUGAUGCACAUCCUAGACUGUAUCAUUUAUUCAGCCACUGUUUAAUAUUUUCAAGGAUGUAAAGCUAUCCAUUUGCUGAAUCCCACAAGAUAUGUUAUUUUCCUAAUCCCUUUUCUCUUCUGUGUUCUGAACUACCUGACUUAUAAUAUUAAAUAGUCUUUAUUGAGAAAGGAAAUCUACUCACUCUAGGUACAGUUUGUCACUGUAUAGCACAUAAGUUCUAAGGGUAACAAAUGCUUUAAUCUGCUCUCUUACUGCAAGCUUGUUCUAAGCAUUAAGUUGUCACUAGACUAGAUUUAAAACCAGUUGCACAACCAAGUGCAGAUCCCAAAUUUCUACUAUCACCUGUGUAAUUCAAACAAUUCCUGGAUGCUUUAAAAAUAGCUUUUACUUAUCACUAUGUUUUAGAGAGUUAAACAAAACAAACAAACAAACAAAAUUUUUGCAAGCUCUAGAUAUGUUGAAUGUAUUCUUUUAUAAAAUGAUAUAUUAGAAGAAGCUUUAGACUGAGAUUUAUGAAUAGCAGAAAGAUAAAAUAUAGUAUUUAAAUAAUAUCUGUAAAUAUGCAGCAUGAGAUUGUACAUUUUUUUACUUUUUUAAAGUUGUGUUCUUAAAACAUUGUGUAGAAUUCACCUCUUAGCUCUUAAUAUGUUGUUAAAUGCUCAAUAAAACAUAUUUAGAGCCUGAAUUAAAGGAAAAUAAAAUCAGUGGUACUGGAAAGCUUACAAAAAUAAAUAAGCAGAAAGUGCUUGGAAUUUAUUCCAUUUGUAAAGUGGUUAAGUGUACAGCAGCUUGCAAUUUGACAAUGUCAUCCAAUGUAUACUAUUAGAUUAAUGACUGGUCUGCUCAGGUCAUGCAUAAACACUAAAGUAUGGGAUUAUAUUUGGUAGGUAAAAAUGGUGAAAUAUUUGUUAAGACAGAAGUUCAUCUGUAUAUUACUGCUAUAUUUGCUGAAACAUAACUGUUACAAUAAGCGAUGUAAUAUAUGUAGCAUUAAAUACAAAGAAAUCAUACAUAAAAGAAUGUACAGGAAAAUAGAUUUUAUUGAGUAAACUUACUACAUUUCAUUUUUACUGUAGCAAUAUAUUUGUAGGAAAAAUAUGUAAGGGCUUUAAAUACAAGAUGUCCAUUUUGCAGGUAUUGUGCUCCCUUUAAAAAAAUUCUAGUCAGUAUCAUUACUGCUAACUCUUAGAAAUAAACUUUCAGAUAAAGUUUUUUCAAAGAGAUUGGAAGAAUUGUGGAUAUUUGCAAGAAGCAAUUAAAAAAUAUAUAAUUACUACUAUUGAAUGGAUUUUGAAACAGUGCUACAUGAGCCUCCAGAGAAACAGUUACUGAGAGUCAAGUUUAAUAGGCAGUGAUUUCUAAACUCUUAAUAAAUCAAAAAAGUUGACAGUCUCCAUCUACAAAAGGAAAUAUUUAAUGUUUGAUUUAGAGUUUGGUUUUUGGUUGUUUUUUUUUUUUUUAAUAAUGCUUCAUUGUCUAACGUUUAGUCCUGUCUGAACUUGAUAAGUUAUCUGAUUGGAUUUUAUUUAAAAGGGGAUGUUUCAUCUCUGGUAUCAUGUGUAGAUAUAUGUAUAGAAAAAAAUAAACUAUGGCUCUUUAACUUCUGUGUACUUGUUUAUCUUGUUAUUUUUGGCGUUACACUAGUGUGUUCAUUUAGGGCAUUUUAUCUUUCUAGCAAUUCAUAGCUACCUUUUGGUCUGCAUUUUGCACAUUAGAUGUUGAAUAUUACUUAACUAGUCUGCUUUUUGCUAUGCAAUGAUUGCAUUAUAUCACCUCUUAGUUAGUCUAUGCCAAUAGUAUUAUACUGUAUAAACUUGACUGCACAGUUUAUCAAAGACAAGGUAUUCUCUAUGUAGCUUUUUUACAACGCUUUGCUAAACCAUGUAAUAAUAGUAAGUCUUCCUUGAAAAUAAUGAUACACUCUUAUAGAGGACAGUUUCUGUUUACUCCUGAGAUAUUUUAAAAAGAUGACAUUGAAUGUUUAUUGCACCUCAGUGCAGUGAUGUGGCAAUAAAACCUAAAUCUAAUAGAGGUUGUUUAUGGCAGAAGCAUGUAUUGCUUUACAGAGUUUAGCAAAAGCUCUUUAUUUUAUGUCAGACUGUAAUUCUAUUAUAAUAAUAAAGUAAAAAUGUUCAAUAAUGCAA